CUCCCUCUUCCCUCUGGGGUUGGUGUGCUUGUGUUUAGUUCUCGGAGAUAGUCAAAUAGGAUUCCUUUGGGAAGGGACACAAAUCACUCCCAUUUUAACAAGAGGAACAACACGGGAUCGGCAGCCACAAGGGUCCUCCUCUUCUUGAUUUCCAAUUUCUUAUUCAUUUCCAUUUGACAGGGAAUAUCUCUGCAAAAGGAAAACAAAGAGAGAGAAAGGGAAGAAAGAAAAAACUUGUCAGGGGUUGAUGCCAUUUGAUCUAGCACAAUCUGAAAGCUCGAGUUGAUCCCAUUCUCUAGUUGAUACCAGAGCACACAGAGCAAAUCUCUUUAAAACGGGGGGAUAUCGUCAAAACCUCAAGUGAGAUUCUGUUAAUUUGCACUGUCUUGCGUUUCGCUCGUUUGUCUUCUUAUCACUGUUUGAAGUGCUUUUCGUCUCUGACACACCUGGAUUUCGAUAAGUCGUCUUUGGACUCUUUUCGUCUUUUUCGCUUGGUUUGAAGUCAACAGACAUACUGUCACUGGCAUCAACGCGGACUCAGUACUAGCUCGCGCCCACGUUGUUACCCUCUUUUACCUGUGAUUAGAGAAAACACAUUUUGGGACACUCAAACGGAGAGAGGGAGCGCGAUUUUUUCAUGUUUGGGAUUCAGGAGAGCAUCCAGAGGAGUGGGAGUAGUUUGAAAGAGGAACCCAUCGGAUCCGGUAUGAACGCAGUUCGGACAUGGAUGCAGGGAGCCGGGGUGUUGGAUGCGAACACCGCCGCUCAAAGUGGAGUGGGUCUUGCCCGGGCUCACUUUGAGAAGCAACCGCCGUCAAAUCUUCGGAAAUCCAAUUUCUUUCACUUCGUUUUGGCUCUAUAUGACAGACAAGGACAACCAGUGGAAAUCGAAAGGACGUCUUUCCUCGGUUUUGUCGAGAAGGAAAAGGAAUCCACUGGAGAAAAGACCAACAAUGGCAUACACUACAGACUGCAACUUCUCUACAGUAAUGGCAUCAGGACAGAGCAGGACUUUUAUGUGCGACUCAUCGACUCCAUGACUAAACAGGCCAUUAUUUAUGAAGGUCAAGACAAGAACCCAGAGAUGUGCCGAGUGUUACUGACACACGAGAUCAUGUGCAGCCGCUGCUGUGACAAGAAGAGCUGUGGCAACCGCAACGAGACCCCGUCUGACCCAGUCAUCAUCGACAGGUUCUUCCUGAAGUUUUUCCUGAAAUGCAACCAGAACUGUCUGAAGAAUGCAGGGAACCCGCGGGAUAUGCGCCGCUUCCAGGUGGUGGUGUCUACUACGGUCAGUGUGGAUGGACAUGUCCUGGCGGUCUCUGACAACAUGUUUGUCCACAACAACUCCAAACACGGCCGCCGGGCUCGUAGGCUGGACCCCUCGGAAGGUACGCCAUCAUACCUGGAACAUGCAGCUGCCCCCUGCAUCAAAGCUAUCAGCCCCAGUGAGGGCUGGACAACAGGGGGCGCAACUGUCAUCAUCAUAGGGGACAACUUCUUUGACGGCCUACAGGUCAUCUUUGGCACCAUGCUGGUCUGGAGUGAGCUCAUCACACCCCAUGCCAUCCGGGUGCAGACUCCGCCCCGCCACAUCCCAGGGGUGGUAGAGGUGACCCUCUCCUACAAGUCCAAGCAGUUCUGUAAAGGCACGCCCGGGCGCUUCAUCUACACAGCUCUGAAUGAGCCCACCAUCGACUACGGCUUUCAGCGGCUGCAGAAGGUCAUCCCCCGACACCCUGGAGAUCCAGAACGCCUUCCAAAGGAGGUGAUUCUGAAGAGGGCAGCAGACCUUGUGGAGGCUUUGUAUGGGAUGCCCCACAACAACCAGGAGAUUAUUCUGAAGCGGGCGGCGGACAUAGCAGAGGCUCUCUACAAUGUUCCCAGGAACCACAACCAACUGAGCGGCCUGGGCAAUAGCUCCGUCCACGCAGGCAUGAUGGGGGUCAACUCCUUCCCUGGCCAGCUGGCCGUCAAUGUGUCCGAGUCCUCCCAGGGAGCCAAUCAGGGUGAGGGGGCGGGUCGAUACGGGUGUGGCGCUAUCGUCAUAGAAACCGGUUUCAGUCGGAACACGAGCAGCGUGUCUCCACAUGGCUAUGUGCCCAGCUCCACCCCCCAGCAGACUAACUACAGCUCUGUGACCACCAGCAUGAACGGCUACGGCAACACUGUCAUGUCCAACCUGGGAGGAUCCCCCAGCUUCCUCAACGGCAGCGCUGCCAACUCGCCCUACGCCAUCGUUCCCUCCAGCCCCAACAUGGCGUCCUCCACCAGCCUGCCCUCUAACUGUAGCAGCUCUUCUGGGAUCUUUUCCUUCUCCCCUGCCAACAUGGUGUCGGCCGUCAAGCAGAAGAGCGCCUUCGCUCCCGUGGUGCGACCCCAGACCUCACCCCCGCCCACCUGCACCAGCACCAAUGGCAACAGUCUCCAAGAUCAGUCUUUUGUGGACUCUAGCAAGUACUCCACAGCCAGCUCGCUGCAGGGCCUGGCCUUCUCCUGAAUGAUUCCUGGAAUGAUCGUUCCUCCCAUGUAAGCGGUGCGUGUGUGUGAGGAGAAGGACACACACACCCAGACAUGGAUCUCAGCAUGUACAUAAGGCUCCGGUUUAGGACUGGAUCGUCAGUCCUGCAUUGAAGGAAUGGAACCCGUAACUCAGGCCCUUUUUAAAAGGAAUCACAUUUGAACAAAAAAAAAAGAA